AUGAAACUCACGCCGCAGGUCAUAUCGCAGGCGCCAGUUUACGUCAAUCCCGAAAAACGGCUCACAUUGAACCUCCGAGACGGACAAGCCCUUUUUAUUGAGAAUCUCGAUGCCACCAACAACAUACACAAUGUCAUCGACUUGACCAACAACGAACUUAUAGAGCUCAGUGGAAUCCCACCUUCGCUAGAUACACUUGAAACGCUUCUUCUAGCCAACAAUAACAUCUCGCGGAUCAAGGAAGAGUCCAAUGAGAGUGUCAAGUCGCUUUCGCUUGUCAACAACAACAUCACCAACUUGGGCCAGCUAAAGCCGCUCCGACUUUGGAAGCUAGAGAACCUCCUUUUGAUCGGCAACCGCGUUGUGAGAGAGCACAACUACCGUCUUUUUGUGGUGUGGCUUAUACCCACCUUAAAGGUGCUAGACGGUGAGAAAGUGACUGCUACUGAACGUGCAGAAGCCAAGGAGCUAUUUGGUGAGAGUUACGAGAAGGCAACGCCGGCUUUUGAUGCCACUGUAAACGGCGGGCCCCAACCAGAAACGAAGAGCAAGCAGGAGCGGAUGGUGGAGAGCACGGUCAAGAAGUUCAGUGAGGAGGAGAAGGCGGAUCUUCUCCGGCAGCUCGAGGAGGCCGAAGAUAUGGAGGAAGUGGAGAGGAUUUCUGCUAUUCUCAAGGGAGCAUAG